AUCUGGCAGAGGUGCGGCAGAACCGAACCGACACAGAUUUCUCCGAGGGCCAAGGCAACAAGAUACAGGCUAAAAGCUUGGAGUAGCGGAGUUGUGCAUCGACUCUUUACCAACUAGAAGACUCCAGCUGACUUUAGGGGGAAAAAAAAAAAAAGACAGAGGGGCAGUGAACACCCGCCCUAAUGGAGGUCCCAGAGACUGAGUUAACUUCCUCUGAACCAGAUGCUCUUGGAGCAGACUUUAUUACAGUGGAACUUGAUACUCAACCCAUAGAGUACGUGGUCAAAUGGGCUGAAGUUGGCUCCAAAUUUACCAUCUCCUGCGUGAAAAAGGAUUCAGACGAGGACGCUUGCUUCACCGCCGGUCAGUUGGUCAAAACGGAUCAGGACGAGACUUUCUAUGCUCCCUACGAAGCCGUGUAUGAGGAAUGCGAGGAUGUGGAUCCCAGUUUGGGCAUCGCGCAGGACGAAGAGGUGAGGAGUGAUUCCGACGUAGACGAUAACAACGAGCCGGGCAGCAGCCACCUCGGGGGCGAAGAUGAUGAUGGUUCCGACGAAGAUUGGGAUAAAGGCGGCUCUCACUCCAAACAGCAGCCCUACAGCUGUCACCUCUGCGGUAAGAGCUACAGCCAUUCUUCUAGCUUAGCUCGCCACCUUCACAUGCACUCAGGAGACAGGUCAACACUCUCUUCCCCUCCUAAGGAGGAUAAGCUAGGAGAGAACAAAAAGUCCCUUCAGUGUAAUCAGUGUGGGGUCAGGUGCAAUGGCAAAAGGCUCCUAGCCAUCCAUAAGAAAUGCCACCAGCUCAAGAGACUGCACACUUGCAACACCUGUGGCAAGCAUUUCAACCAUAGCUCCAGCCUGUCUCGACACAGGUUAAUCCAUAAAAAAGCAAAGGGCCUGUACCCGGCGCCCGCCCCCGCGCCCGAAGCAACCCAGCGCAGGCGUCAGUCCAACCAGGGCGGGAGGAAGAAGAAGCUGCCCGCGGCCGACCGGGCGUGGGAGAAGCAGUACCAGUGCACGCAGUGCGACAAGGUCUUCAGGAACUCCACCAGUCUCUCCAAGCACCAGGUCUCCCACGUGCGGCAGCUCCUCAACUCCUACACGCAAGGCAAGGACGCGUUGGCCAAGUCCUCGGACCUGAAGAUCCGCCUGAAGCUCUGCUCCCGCGACAAGCCCAACUAUUACACGCUGUGCAAGAAGAACAAGCGUUCCAAGGGGGGCAAGCGGACGAGCCCCCAGCAGGCCGACGAGAGGUCGUACGCCUGCCUCCUCUGCGACAAGCGCUUCAGCCAUACAUCCAGCCUGGCCAGGCACGAGCAAACUCACGCCGGAGAAAAGCAGUACCCCUGCAGCGUCUGCAAGAAGACCUUCGUCCGCUUGUCCAACCUCAAGCAGCACCAGCAGACCCACGCCUCGGGUAAGCUGUACGAGUGCCAGCAUUGCGGGAAAACUUUCGUUCACUCGUCCAGCUUCUCCCGUCACAAGAAAGUCCACUCGGGCAUCAAGCAGGUUCCCAAACAACGUCAGCGGAACCGCGUGGUCGACGAAACCGCCCCCCUGGAGUCCGAUUCCGAGUGAGAGAGCGAAAGAGAAGGAGGGAGAGAGAGAGAGAGAGAGAGGCGGAUAGAUGGAUAGAGAAGCAGAGAAAUUUUCUUGGAACUGUCCUGGUACAGCUAAUGAGAAACCUGUAUUUUGUUUAUGAUUUCGUUCUCUCGUUCAUUUUGUAAGUUUGGGACUUGCUGUUAUUGUGAAGUGGAUGUGCUGUCCUUGGCUGCGUGGUGUCUGAAAUAGGCUUUGAUCUUACGUUUUCUUCUUUUCUUUGAUUUACUGUUUUUUUCCCCUUAUAUGUGUAAGGAUGCACUGGCCAUCUUGUCAUUAUAAUGCAAUAUUUUCUUUUUUUCUUUUUCUUUUUUGUUUGGAUUAACAUUCCCUUUUG